AUGGGCCAGAUGGAUGAAGCUUUCCCGGCUGAAGAAACUACUGCGGAUUACUUGGAUCUACGCCUACUGACAUCGCAAUCAAAUCCCAUUUCAGAAAAGUACCAACAAAUUUUCCAGCCUACCUUGCUUGAGCCCUCUUCGCAUUGUGGAAAUAAGAGGGAAGGGCCAGGGCCAACAGUACCAACUUGCGUCAAUGAUGCCAGACAGAAAAAUGACUUAUUUAACCUCCUAACUGUGAUGGGAGGGAGAUAUAAAGGAAUGGUCGAUUCAGGUGUGCUCUAUGUGGGCAAUACCCAGGCAGGAUUUGGCUUGCGCUUUGAAGUUGAUGAAAACCUCUACCAAACCCCCCGUAGCAAUGAAGCCAUUCUGUGA